AUGCAAGCCUUCUACGACCUCUCGGACAUUCAUGACUUCUCCUAUCAAGAAGUCAUGAAGGUCACAAGCGAUGAAGACAGCACCACCGUGUGGUGCCUCAAGGACGGCCUCCUCAAGGCCAACAUGCUGUGGCCGCGAUGCGACAAGGCCAUGACCCUUGGCAAGGCGUCCAAGCUCUGGCGCUGCCGUCGAACGUCGUGCGGUGACAUCGAGAGAAGUGUCCGCGUGGACUCCUUCUCGAAGUCGCGGUUGCCGCUGUCAAAGCUGGUUCGCCUCAUGUUCGAGUGGGCCUCCCGCAAGGCCGUUUCGACUGUGACGCAAGAACAAGAAGUGUCGCCCACGACUACCGGCGACUGGUUCAACUUUUGUCGUGACGUGUGCUCGAAAGAAAUGCUGUCGUGCGAAAUGAAGCCGCGGCACGCAGCACCCCGAUUGUUGGCUUUUGGGGGGGUGGAUCGUUCCACGAAGAAGUGGUUUGGUCUCUUGACGUAUGGCGACCGCACGAAACCAACCUUGUCCGCGUUGAUCUCGAAGCACAUCAAGCCUAGAACCAAGAUCAUGUCAGACAAGUUUGGCUCGUACGUGUCCACCAAUGAACGCCACACGCUUGAGACCAAUCCACUUCUUCGUGGAAUGAACUACACCCAUGCCUGGGUGAAUCACUCUGAAAACUUCGUCGAUCCUAUCAGCGGCGCAAACACCCAAUCAAUUGAACGCGUUUGGGAAGUGCGCGUGAAACAGUAUCUCAAGGCGAUGCGAGGCGCCCACCGCGACCACCUGCCUGGAUACCUUGACGAUGACCAGGGGCUUAACUGGUCGAUUGCCCCAGUCCAAUCGGCAUCGCAGAAGAUCUUGUCUGGUGCGCCGCCAUCGUUCUCUGGCAUGAUGAGCAAGUCGUAG